AUGCCGUCGUUUCCUGUCGAUCCGCUGGUGCGGCCCAGAGAAGAUGGAUUGCAACUUUGCUAUCGACUCCCUCAUCGCGUUCAUGCAGCCCAAGCCUACCCCUUGCGGUCACCCAACGGCUCUUCGAUUAUCGUUUAUGGCUACGAGACUGGGUUGAAGAUCAUUUGGAGAGGAGGAAGGGAGUUUUCAGCACUGAAGGAGGCCGCACCGUCAACACAGGCCAAAAGCGCAAAGAACGAUGGCGAUGAUACUGUAAUGAUCAUCGACUCCGACGAAGAAGACGCACCCGGGGCACCUACAUCCCAAGAAGAGCCUAGCUAUGAUUUCUCUACAGAGGAAUCCGAAGUCAACCCUGCAUUCCCGUUCGAACCGAUCUUGCGCCAGGUGGACAUCCCUCUGGGAAGCCGGGUUCUCGACGUGGCAGUUCCCCGUGCCCUCCCCGACGAAGCGCGCUCUGCUCUCGACCCUUUCCCAGUCAUUGCGAAGGAUACCAUUUUCGUGGCAGCGGUAUGCUCAGAUCUUUCAACUCGGGUUGUAACUUUGCCACUGGUCCCACCUCACCCAGCUCAAAAGGAUCCCAAGAGCUGGAAAAUUCAAAAAGUCACACUCAAUGCGGGCGUGACUCACCAGGAUAUCCCGAGGGGCGUAUCUCUCACAUUCACUUGCCAGGAAUCUGGAGAUGAGGAAGACCGUCGAAAGUCACGAGGCAGAGCUGAAGGUUCUGGGAAAUGGGACGUUCUAGUUGCCACACACUCGGCAGAGGGAUCAGGUGCCCUCCUGGUCCAUCGGAUUCCUCUCUCGGAAGAGUCUUCUGGUAAGACUGUGCUCUACCGACUGGUCGAAGAGGAGCUUGUCUCGCAACGGCGGACCUUGCCAUCACCUGCUCAGACAAUUGCUUUCAACCCAUCUUCAUACCCUUCCGCUCGCCAUUCGAGUCUCUUGGUGGCGUUCCACAGUGGCUGUGUGAAAGUCUACUCGUGCUUUUCAGUUCGAAAAUCCGCUCCUAAGAGUGGGCGGCGGGGAUCAAAUGCCCAGGAUGAAUAUGAGACCAUCGACAUGGAAGGACGAUGGUUGAUCAGUCUGUACCCAGGAUUCGAGCAGGGGUCGACUGGCCUUAUUCGACGCAAGACUAUCAUCGAUGCCGACUGGGUCCUGGGUGGACGAGCCGUGAUGGUUCUUCUGGCAGAUGGCGAAUGGGGGGUCUGGGAUAUUGAGGGCGCUGGUCCGGGAACGACGAAGGGCCCCCUACACCGUCAGUCAAACGUACAAGGCGUGACCGGAGGCUCCUUGACUACGUAUGCGGUUAGUGGUCGUAUUGUGGCUCCCUUGACCAACACUCAGUCCGACGUGGAGCAACGAUCACGAUUUGCCCCGAUGACUCCGUCCACGAGACGGGUCCGUGAAGAUACGCUUCUCAAGGGAUCGAUGACUGCCGCCAGUCCCUCUCUCCGUGGUCAGAUUUCGGUUUGUCAAACCAAUGUCUCUCAUGAGCUGCCCGAUGAGUCAAUCCUGUUACGCCAUGGCCAGCACAGCGCCGUGAUUCCAAGCUUGCUUUCUCUCUGGCGCAACGCAGUCAAGGCAACCGGUACCUUUGAUGCCUCAAACCGAUGCCGCGUGACCCCAUUCCAGGUUGUGAACCUGAUGGGAGAGAACUUCCAAGCACUUGGCCAUCUACCCGCACCAGCUCGCCGGUCUCGAGGUGCCGAGCCACAGAAAUUCGACAUUCUCGUGGCCGCUGAGCAUCAAAUUGUGAUUCUUGCACCCCGGCUGGUCGAGUCUGACGAGAUCGCUACAGCCACGAAGCCAGAAGUAGAGGCAGAAGCAGACCAGAUGAUGUUACGCCGAGGCGAAUUGGACGUGGAGGGCAUGGGUCGUCUCUUGAACGGAAUGGCGAGCGGCACUGGGUCGCUGCGCGUGGGAACCAGCCCGGUGAAGCGAGCUCGUAUCUUCACUUAA